AUGGAAGCAUCCUUGCCUGCUUUGCACUCUUGUGUUCAGCUAUCCGCUGAAAAUGAACUACUUCGAAAAAAAUACAAGAAACUACGCAGUAAAUAUCAACAAUUAGUAAAGGAAAUAGGUGAAUUAAAAGAUAAACUGAAGGAACCAUCAGAUGUCGGCAAGAGUUGUAAAGUAGUAAAACGAAGAUUGCUGGCAGUUCAUAACAACCUAAUGAAAAAGUACCAACGAGAACUAAAAAAUAGCACAAAUCAAAUCGAGCAAAUAACAUCGUUAACGUUUGAGAAACAAGAAGUCCAACAACAGCUUAAUCUAUGCCAGGAAAAAAUUAAGGCUUUGGAAAAGGAACGGACUGUUCGAGAGGAACAGUUGGCCAAGGCUGGACUUGUCAGUGCUAAAGAUUUUGAGACUAGAGCCGCUGAACUAGAAGGAAUAGACAAGGUAUCUAAAUACAUUAGAAUUGAUUUGGUAUCGUAA